AUGAUGGGCGACUCGGCGGAGCCGGGCAUCGUGCCCCAGGCAGUGGCCCAGGUGUUCGAGCUGAUCGACAACAUGCCGUCCAAGGAGUUCCUCUUGAGGCUAUCCAUGAUGGAGAUCUACAACGAGGUUCUCAAUGACCUGUUGGACCCGACCAGGACAAACCUGAAGAUUCGGACGAACAGCACCAAAGGCAUCCAUGUUGAAGGGCUGAAGGAAGAGGUGGUGCUCUCUUGUGAGCACGCCUUGUCACUGAUCGCCACCGGAGAGGCCAACAGGAAGGUUGCCAGCACUGCCUUCAAUGAGGGGAGCAGCAGGAGCCACAUUUUGUGCCGCUUCUGCAUUGAGAUCAGUGACAGGGUAGAACAAGAGUCGGAGGAGGAUGCACCCGAAGAUGGGGAGGCAACGACAGAGGAUGGGGCUGUGCCGGAAAUGCGGGCGCCAAAGGCCCCUAAGGCUGAUGCUCCAAGGACACUGUCAUAUCUGAACCUCAUCGACCUGGCCGGCUCAGAAUCUGCAAAGGCAACUGACCGUGUUGAGGUCAGGGCAAACAACGGUGUCUUCCGGAGGAUUCUCCAGAAGGCUAAGUCGAACAAGGUCAGGGGUAAGCAGAUGGAGGGCAGCUACAUCAACAAGUCCCUCCUCACCCUCGGCACUGUCAUUCACAAGUUGAGCGAGAGCCGUGCAGCACACGUGCCCUUCAGAGACAGCAAGCUCACCCGCCUGCUCCAGCCUUCCCUCUCUGGAAGCGGAGCCAAAGUGGCGAUCGUCUGCACUGUUACUCCUGCAUCCACGCAGGCAGAGGAGACGCACAACACUCUGAAGUUUGCAUCCCGGGCAAAGAAGAUCCAGAUCAAGACGGCACGGAACGAGAUCAUGGAUGACAAGUCGCUUAUCCGGCGCUACCAGCUUGAGAUUGCGGAUCUUAAGCGCCAGCUUGAAGUUUUGGCAAUGCAGAGGGAAGCCACUCCAAAGGAUGCAAGCAUCUCGAAUAUCAACAGGGACAUGGAAGAGCAACUGUACAAUCUCAGGGAACGCCUGGAAGAGGAGCUCCGUGCUCGGCUGAAGCGGGACGAAGACAAGGCAGCACUAGAGGCCCGUAUCAAUCGGCUCACAAGGCUGAUCCUUCAUGCCAGAGCCCCACAGGAGCCCCAACCUCGGGGACCCACAAGGCCAGGUCACCUGAGGUCAAGGAGUUUUGAUGCAACUCUGGCCCUGCGAUGCAGGAAUUUUGCGGCAGAACUCUCAAACCAGGGUGAUGCGCCUGCACCGAGCUCUCUGAACUCAGGUGCAGAUGUUUCGGCAUUGGAGUCUUGCCUGCACACUCCAACCUCCAUGGCGUUUGGAGGCGAUUCCAACUACGUCCUGAUGGAGAGGGGCAUGGAGGAAUACUUCAGAAAGGAGAACCAGCACCUCAAGGAGCAGGUGGCUAUGAUGGCUGAGGAGAUGGCUGCAAGCCAGAGGAGCAUGGAGGAGAUCAAGGCCAUGCUGAGGUCUUCAGCAAGGUCGGCACAGCACACAGGUUCACUUCAUACGGGUUCAAGCCAGACCUCAGACGAGGAGCUGGAGAUGUCGGUGCUCCAGGCCGACCGUGAGGUGCUCCAGGACACGCUGUCUGGAGUAAGGUCCGAGAACAGGCGUCUCCUUGAUGAGGUGGUGAAGCUGAAGGUCCAGCUGAAGCGUGUCAAGAAGGAACGGGACUUCCUCUACAGCGAGGGAAGGGGCCAAGAGCAGCCAGCUGGCCUGGCCAGGAGGCCACCCAGAAGCCCACCCGCUCCAAAGGUCUUUGGGCCUGCUGAAGAGGCGCAGCCUGCGAGUCCCUUGGCCUGCGAUGCUACUUCCACUUGCAGCACUACUGUCUGCACAAGCUCUGAAGUGUCUCCAUUAGCCAACACAACUGGAAGGUGGACUGGCGCAUUGAACACUGUGGACGAGGACGUGAAGGCCAGGCUGGUCGCUUUGGAGCACCAGGUGCACACUGCACUGGAGGAGCUUGUGCGCAAGGACCAGCAGCUCGCCAGCCAAAAGGAGGAACAGGAGAGGAUCCAGAUGAUGGGUCGCGAGGUUGCAAAGCAGCUGAAGGGCCUGUCUCAAGAAAAUGAGCAGAUCAAGGCUGAGCAUGCGCACCUGGAACUCCAAAACAACAGGCUGCAAGGGUACCUGCUGGAUGGCAUGUCUCCUGAGGAACUCAACAAGCUGAUAUACAACCUGACAACAGCUGCAGAGCGUGUCCGGCUGUCUGUCCAGCUCCGGAAAAUUCAAACAGCGACGUGUCCCGCCUCUGGCCACGAUAGCAAUAAAGAGUCAUCUGAUGAUGCAGUGUGA